AUGGCUCAACGAGCGCCCCGCCUUCCCAUGGCGCUGCUGGCGCUGGCGGUGCUUUGCAUCGCUGCUCUCCCGGUCAGCGCGUGGUGGAGCAAAGGCCACAUGGCCGUGGCACUCAUUGCAGAACGGCACAUGGAGGCGUCUCUUGUCGAGAAGGGCAACCUGGCCGCUAAGGUGCUCUCCCUAUCCGGCCCCUACCCGCAAAGCCCCGACAUGGUGCAGGCGGCACCGUGGGCGGAUGACCUCAAGAAGGUUGGCUUCAGUGCAUUGUCGACGUGGCACUUCAUCACGACACCCUACUACCCAGACCCCAGCUUCACCUUGGACGUAAGUCCCGUGCAGACGGUAAACGUUGCCUCCGUCAUCCCGAUGCUGGAGACGGCCCUGCAAAGGGCUAUCUCUAACUCAGAUAUCAUAGUCCACUCUCUGGCGCUCUUGAUACACUUUAUGGGGGACAUCCACCAGCCGCUACACAAUGCCAAUAUCUUCUCUAACGAGUAUCCGGAGGGCGACCUCGGCGGCAACAAACAGCACGUCAUCAUAGACUCCAAGGGAACGAAGAUGGCACUGCACGCCUACUGGGACUCGAUGGCAGAGGGCCACGCUGGGGAAGAUAUGCCGCGUCCACUGAGCAAGGAUGACUACGCAAGUCUGAACGAGUUUGCCGACUACCUGGAGGCAACAUACGCGGAUACGCUGACAGAUGCCGAUAAGAAUCUCGUAAAGGCUACAGAGAUCUCGAAUGAGACCUACAACCUGGCGCUGAAGUACGCCUACCCCGGCGCCGAGGAUGGUGCCACGCUCUCGGACGAGUACAAGAAGAACGCCAAGCAGAUUUCCGAGCGUCAGGUGCUGCUUGCUGGUUACCGUCUCGCCAAGGUACUGAACACAACGCUGAAGCCGGUCAGCGCCGAAAUUAUUCUGAGGGGCCUUCAGAACAUCCAGAGCGAGGUCGACACAGAAAACAACGCUACCGUGCGCCACUACUACGUUCAGAAGGGUAUCAGCGCCGGUGUGACGGCUUUGAUCGCCGUGGUACUCUUUAUUGCCGGCUUUGUUAUCGCCACUCUCGUUAUCUUCGCCUUCAAGUCCUGCGUGCAGAAGCACAAACGCUUUGGCCCAUAUGGGCCUAUUUCUGAGUAG